AUGGCACGUCUUUCAACUGGCGCCCUUUUGCGUUAUUUACGUGGUAAUGUAGAAGAAAAAGCUACAUUACAGGUUCUAGGAAUGAAAUUGAUCGACAAUAAAGCUGGAGAAGAUAAUCAAAAUAGACGAUACCGUCUUAUGUUAUCCGAUGGCAAAAAUACAUUUUCAUCAUGUAUGUUGGGAUCACAGUUAAAUUCAUUGAUCGAUAAUAGUGAACUUAAAGAAAAUUCAAUUGUUCGCAUUGAGAAAUGUAUGUGUAAUGUUAUUGACCGCCAAGCUGGAAAGUUUGUUCUUAUGAUAGCCGAUUUAAGCGUGGUCGUUAGCACAGCUGACAAAAUCGGCGAUCCUGUUGUAUUACCAUUAACUAAUAUUUCAAAUAAUAAUUUACCGACUAAAUCUGAACCUCAAGAUGAUAUUGUAGUACCGAAUACAACAGCUCCAGCAUCAAAAACAAAUGUUAUUCGUCAAGGAUCGAAUGUACUACCAACGGCAGACCGUCUUGUUAAUGGCAAAAAAGGUGGCAAUACUAAUAAUACUAAUAAUAACAAUAGUAAUAGUACAAAACCAGAGCGAAUAUUUACCAUUGACAUAUGGACAAUAAGGGCACGCGUUACAAAUAAAACAGCUGUGAGGACAUGGGAAAAUGCUCGUGGUAAAGGACAACUAUUUAGUUGUGAUUUAUGUGAUGAAACUGGUGAAAUACGUGCAACAGCAUUUGGUAGUGAUUGUGAUAAAUUUUUUCCAAUGUUAGAAAUUGGUAAUGUAUAUUAUAUAACAAAAGGCACAUUGAAAACAGCUAAUAAACAAUAUAAUCAAACAAAUAAUGAUUAUGAAAUGACAUUCAAUCACGAUACGUUAAUUGAGGCGUGUACGGAACAAACACAAAUUCCAGAAACAAAAUUUAAUUUCAUACCAAUAUCCGAAAUUGCUCAACGAGAUCCAAAUAGUAUUGUCGAUGUUAUUGGUAUAGUCAAAAGUGUAUCAGAUAUCCAACGAAUUGUUGGAAAACAAUCACAAAAAGAAUUUACUAAACGAGAUAUAUUGUUAAUGGAUGACAAGGCGAAACUUUCCGUGACAUUAUGGGGACAACAAGCUGAAGAAUUUGAUGGUUCAUCCAAUCCGGUGCUCGCAAUUAAAGGUGCUAAAAUAUCAGAUUUUAAUGGUCGUACAUUGUCAUGUCUACAAAGUUCUAUUGUUAAAAUUAAUCCUAAUAUUCAAGAAGCACAUGAAAUAAGAACUUGGUAUGAUAAUGAAGGUUUUGAAAUGGAUGUUGAAGAUCUCUCAACAAAAACAGAUCGUGAACGAAUGACUCCGUUCAAAACAAUCGGACAAAUAACCAGUGAACAACUUGGAUCCAAUGAUAAACCGGAUUACAUCACGUGUAAAGCAAUUUGUUUAAUGAUCAAAAAAGAUAGUGUCGUUUAUAUGUCUUGUCCAGCUGAGAAUUGUAGUAAAAAAGUAAUUGAUAAUGGAGAUGGUACAUUUCGAUGUGAAAAAUGUAAUGCUAGUCACGAAAAUUUUAAGUGGUCAUAUAUGGCAAAUGCUGAAAUAUCCGAUAGUACGGGUUCACAAUGGAUAACACUCUUUCGUAAUGAAGCUGAAGCGUUGUUUGGUAUCACUCCUGAAGAAUUUGGUCAAAUGAAAUCGAAUAAUGAUGAAGAAGCAAUAAAUGCCGUUGUAACAAAAGCACAAAAUAAUGAAAAAAUGUUCAAAUUACGUAUCAAAAUUGAUAAUUAUAAUGAUGAACAACGUCUUCGUGUAACUUGUGUGAACAUUAGCGAUGUUGAGUAUGUGAACAACGUCAAACAAUUGCUGGUUGAUAUUAAUCAAUUAACAGCAUCGUAA